UCUCGAAUUUGCUGUGCGGUAAAAUAGCUGAUUGCGAGUGCAUUUGUUGCUUAAAAAAUUUAACAUAAUUUAUCCAUCUUCGUGAUGUCAUUGAAAUAAUUCUUGUUUGAAUCUGGAAAGAAUUUUUCCGGACGAAAGGUUGAGUAAAAAUUACCGAAGCAGUUCAACAACCGGUUACAGAAUCGACUGGGAAAUUUUACCUGAAAUUAUUAUAAUUUUUCACUGGCGAUUCAGAUAACAAUUAUGGAACGUACCGGAAAAAUUCCGUAAAAUUUCCUAUAAUUGCACUUAACUCCGGAAUUACGGGGAGGAUAUGGAAUUUUUAUUGAAUAUUUUACUCUGUGUGAUAUUGUUGAGUUAGAAGACAGAUAAAUAAGUGGAAAAAUUGAAGGUUUGAGACGAAAUAAUGAAGCCAACGUUGACGAGUUCGAUUCCGGGGUUGGCGGAGUUUCCAGCGAGAUUUGAUAAAAUACCCACGGGGGAUGGAUGGGUGGAGGGUAGGAGGAAGCUCGAUGGGGCAGAAGGGUUGUGGAGGAUCGAUGAUCGACUGUAUGAUCUCACGAAUUUCCUGAACAAACAUCCUGGCGGCUCCGAGUGGCUCACUAUCACUAAAGGAACUGAUAUUACGGAAUUGUUCCAGAGUCAUCAUUUGACGGACAAAGCGGAAAAAUUAUUGCCUAAAUUUUACAUCCGCGAUGCAGUCGAACCGAGACCAAUUCCCCUGACGUUUGAUAAGAAUGGAUUUUAUAAAAAAUUCAAGGAGAGAGCGGUCAUUGCUCUGAAGGACGUUGACUUUCAUCGACCAGCUUUUAAAUCAAAUUUACUUGCUGAUUCGCUGGCCAUCGCAACUUUAAUUUUGUGCGUCAUCACGGCAAUGACAGAAUCGCGACUUGGACUCAUUAUCGCAGGAAACAUGAUGGCGUUCACAGUAAUAGCGGCUCACAACUACUUCCACAUGCGCGAUAAUUUUCGAAUGUACUAUUUCGACAUGUGUCUGAUGUCAUCCCGAGAAUGGCGAAUAACUCAUGCAAUGAGUCAUCACAUGUAUCCAAAUACAAUUUGGGAUUUUGAAAUAAUGUCCCUCGAGCCAUUGCUGCAAUAUUUGCCAAAAAUUCCAGCAACAAUAUCACGAAAGAUCUCAUGGCUCUAUUCUCCGAUCAUCUAUUUUGUCGUAUUUCAUUCACAAGGAGUGAAAAGAUACGUAGAAGUAUUUUUGGUGCGCCAGAAAUUUGAAUUCCGCGAUAUAGUGCCAUUCAUAAUUCCAACAGUGAUGUUCUAUGUGACUGGGAAUUUAUCGAUAACUGUUAAGUACUGGAUGCUUAUCAUCGCCGUCGCGAGUUUUGUUUUUCACGCGAUCGGUCUCAACGGAGCGCAUCAUCAUCCCGAAAUUUUCCACGAUGGCGAUCAUCCCAGGAAUGACCUCGAUUGGGGAUUACUGGAGCUGGACACUGUGAGAGAUCGUGAUGUAAUCGAUAACAAUUAUUUCUUCAAUCUGACCCAAUACGGCCAUCACAGUCUUCAUCAUCUGAUGCCAACAGUCGAUCAUGGUUACUUACAUCUGUGUGUACCAGCCCUUACGGAAACUUGCCGUGAAUUUGGCAUCAACAUGGUCAAUUUCUCACCCUUGGAGCUCAUCAAGGGGCAAUUUAGACAAUUACGAAGAGUGAAACCGCGAAAAAAUUAUCUAUAAGAGGAUCUUCUCUUAAAAAUUUAAUUAUCUUGGGGAAAAAAAUGUGGCUAUCACAAUCGAUACAUCCUCCUUGCUAUCAAUAUAGUAUAUAAUAUACCAUUUCAACACGCCUGCACAGGAAAAAUUGUAUAUGAGCAUUUGUUAUCGGGAGAACGGAAGCAAAGUGAGCAUUUUCCAGUCUAGGAGGGGAAGUUCUCUAGCUAAGACUUUUCUCCCUAGAACGGAAAAUGCUCGCUUUCCUCCCGCUUAUCAGUGAGUAACAUGCGAACUUUCUGUCCAGAUGUGUAGAAAGAUACUAUUGAUUUAUAGAUCUGCAAAUUCUCGAUUUAUCGAUUGAGUGGCGCACGAUUUAAUGCAUCAAAUUCCUCCAAAAAUACUGGAAUUUUCAUGAUUAAUUUUCAUUCAAAUAUCCAAGUGUUAUUUUAUCUUAUCCAAUGAUAAUUGUUAACAACUGCAGUUACUUAAUAAAACGUAUCUGAUACAGCAAGAAA